GUUCAGUAAGAAUUAGUGACGACGACGGGAGUAACUGACUGUCUUUCAGUCACGUAGUCACGUUUGCUAUGGCGUAUGUGUAACAGUUCCUUUGAUCGGCGUGUAGUGUUGCGUUUCAUUGUGAUUUAACAAUAUUAGUAAAAUAAAUAUUACAAUUCUUUAUACAAGGUUUAUUAUGUGUGUAUGGGAAUAAAUUAAACGGAAAGCAAUUUUUUAUUUUAAUAUGAAAAAUCGUAUCGACAAAGAGUAACAUAGUUUUGUGAAUAUUGAUCGACAAAUUGGCGGGAUAUUAUUGUGCGUUUUACGAUCUUAGAAAAGAUACGACUGAAAUAGGUUAGUCUCAUUGUGCCAUCAUGCAACAAAUGAAACGCGUGAUGUAUGUAAGUUGAUGAUACUCGUGAUUUACACUAGUUCAUCUCCGUGAAAACGUAUGAUUUCGAAGUCCAGAAGAAGAGUGAAAAGAAUCGCUAUUACUAAUAUCUGACAUUUGCGUGAACAUGAUGUAAUGCGAGUGAACCAAUAGUUUAUAAAGUUGAUUAAAUCCUGAUGAUAUCCUCCAGAGUAACUUGACGCGAAAAUUUCUUGCCUGCUAUUACAAAAUUGUUAUUGAUAGCGAUUAAAAGCAUUAUUAAUAACCGUCAAUUUCAAAUAUAGAUACGGUUUAUAAUUUAAAUAAUUCAAAACAUCGUGCUGUCGUUCGUAUACCAGUGACCAAUUCUACAAACAAAAUGGGUCUAUUCCGGAAGGUUAAUGACAGAAUACCGAGGAGAGCGAUUCUAGGCGCGAUGAUGUUUUUAGCUUGUAUGUUUUCAUACAUGAUUCGUACAAAUUUGUCGAUUACCAUUGUUGCUAUGGUAAAUGCAACUAGUAAAAGUGGAGCAAGUGGUCCAGCAUGUUCUGCCCCCAUCGCCACUAAUAGCAGUAACAGUACUUAUAAACCUACUAUACUUCCAGACUAUGGCGAACGAUUUGAGUGGAAUCAGCAUAUACAAGGUCUUUUACUUUCUGGCUAUUUUUACGGAGUUAUCCCAGCAAGUGUACCUGCUGGUCUUUUAGCUGAAAGAUAUGGAGGUUCGAAAGUAGUAGCAUUUGCAACGUUGAUACCUGCAGUACUAAACCUUUUGAUGCCUUGGGCUUCUGGUAUACAUUAUGGUUUAGUGUUUGCACUUCGUUUUUUGAUGGGCUUCUUUGGAGCAGCUGUUUAUCCUGCUCUUCAUGCAAUGAUUGCAAGAUGGGUUCCUCCUAGCGAGAAGGGUAUAUUUGUAUGGACAAUGCAAGGUGGACCUUUUGGAACUGUAGUCACGUUUACAUUAUGUGGCCAAAUAAUUAGUGCUUUUGGUUGGAAAGCUGCAUAUUAUGUUACGAGUGUUCUUAUACUGAUUUUUUAUGCUUUAUGGGUUCUUCUUAUAUAUGAUACCCCUGAUCUUCAUCCAAAUAUCACAGAAAGUGAAAAAGCUCACAUCAAAGAACAAAUAGGUACUUCUGUCUCUAAACAGAAAGUAAAAUUACCAGUGAGAGCUGUUGCUACAUCAGUACCGUUCAUAGUUCUGUUAUGGGCUCAUUUUGCAAACAUGUGGGGUAUAUACUUCAUCGCUACAAACGGACCAAAGUAUACAUUGGAAGUUCUUGGUUUUAAUAUGAAAUCGGGAGGGUCAAUUACAGGAUUACCUUACAUAGCAAGACUUGGCGCUGGUGUAUUGUUUGCUGCAGCUGGUGAUUAUGUUCGAAAGAAAAAUAUUCUUACUUUAAAAUGGAUUAGAAAAAUAUUUAUGAUUUUCUCACAUAUGGGUCCUGCAUUUGCUUUGAUUAUAAUGACGUACGUUGGUUGUGAUGCAGUAACUGCAAUCGUUAUGUUAAUAGUAGCACUAACUUUUAAUGGAGCUGCAUGCCAGACCAGUUUACAAAAUCAUCAAGAUCUUGCACCGAAUUUUGCUGGUUCUUUGUAUGGUAUUAUGAAUACUUUUGGCAGUUUUGCUGGAUUUAUUAUUCCACCAGUUAUUGGCGUUUUAACAAAUGAAAGGAAUGGAGUAGAAGAAUGGCGUGUUAUGUUCUGGAUUUCAUCAGCAGUUUUUACAUCUGCAACAGUACUCUUUUGGUUAUUUGGUUCAGCAGAAAUUCAACCAUGGAAUGAUUUAAGUCAGCAGAAAGUACAGACGAUUCCUGAUGAAGAAACACGAAUGACUGAAAUACCGACUAAAGAAUCACGCGUGGAAGAAGAAGAAGAAGACAAUGAAUAUAAAGCAUCAUUAUAAUUAAAAAAUUGUAUCUUUAAAGAAGAUAAUACUAUAUUCAUUUUUAUUAAUUUA